UAUUUGCCUCUUUUUGCGCCUUCUUUCUUUCUAUUUCCCUUGUCUUCGUUAUUUCUAGUCGCGGCGAUGGCGGGAGCGAGGGAGAAGAACAUGUACAUGGCGAAGCUCGCCGAGAAGGCGAAUCGGUACGACGAGAUGGUGGAGUUCUUGGAGAAGGUGGCGGCGGCGGCGGUGGCGGCGGAGGGGAAGGAGCUUACCCUGGAGGAGCGCGACCUCCUCUUGGUGGCCUACAGGACGAUCGUCAACGACCGCCGGAAGUCCCGGCAGAUUGUGUCGUCGACCGAGCAGGAGGAGAGCCGCGGCAACGAGGACUACGCCGCGGACAUCCGAGACUUGCGUGCCAAGAUCGAGGACGACCUCACUAGCAGAUGCGCCGGGAUUCUCAGGCUGCUAGACGCAAGUCUCAUUCCUUCCGCUUCCGCCGCCCACUCCAAGGUAUUCUACAACAAGAUGAAGGGCGACUUCCACCGCUAUCUCGCAGAGUUCAAGACCGGCUCCGAAAGGGAGGACGCUGCGAAGAGUGCUCUCGCCGCCUACAACUCUGCACAGGAUAUUGCGAUGGCGGAGCUGGCAUGGUCGCACCCGAUCCGGUUGAAUUUGUGUCUUGGCUUCUCGGUGUUUUACUACAGGAUCUUGGACUCCCCGGGCCAGGCAUGCACUCUCGCGAAACAGGUAAUCUUAGAUUUGAUUUGA